AUUGGGCUUGCUUAGCAUUGGUCACACACAACCCCUCACCAUGAACAGUGUUGCAGCUGCCCUCCUUGUGUGGACGCUGACUUCUCCCAGCAGCAGUGGCCAUGGCAGAGGGGACGCUUGGCCCACUCACAUGGCCUGCAGCAGUGGGGGCUUGGAAGUCCUCUACCAGAGUUGCGAUCCCUUACAGGAUUUUGGCCUUUCCAUUGACCAGUGUUCCAAGCAUAUCCCGCCAAACCUCAACAUUAGAUUUGGCCUUAUUCUGAGAGAGGACAUCAGAGAGCUGUUUCUGGACAUAGCUCUUAUCUCAAGAGGCUCUUCUAUUCUGAACUACUCCUACCCCAUCUGUGAGAAUGACCUGCCCAAGUUCUCUUUCUGUGGAAGAAGAAAAGGAGAGCAGAUAUACUAUGCUGGCCCUGUCAAUAAUCCUGGACUUGAUGUUCCACAGGGUGAAUACCAGGUGUUGUUGGAACUGUACAAUGAAAACCAUGCUACUGUGGCUUGUGCCAAUGCUACUGUCAUCUCCUCCUGACCAUGGCCUGCCAGAAAAUGCACAGCAAGCUCAGCCUCGGGGGAAGCCAAGGUCCCCAGACUCAGCUGCCUGUAAGAACCACUGGUGACCAAGAGAGGUUCUACAAAGGAAUUCCUCAUGGGUCCCUCUGCCAUUCUUAGCCCCAAGAACAGAUGUUCCCAGACCCCACAGAUGUAAUAAAGCCUUUGAAACUAUC